GCCAGCGGAGCCUGCACCACCGCGGAGAUGCCCUGGAGACACUGGUCCUUCUGAACCCUUCGGACAAGUCCCUGUGUGACGAGCUCCGGAACCUUCUGCUGGUGCCUGCUCCCCACAAGCUGCUGGUGCUGGCUGGGCCCUGCUUGGAGGAGACUGGGGAGCUGCUGCUGCAGACGGGGGGGUUCUCAUCCCACCACUUCCUGCAGGUGCUGGAGGACAGGGAGAUCCAGGACCUGCUGAGGCGCACUCCGGCCCCGGCUGAGCCGCCCACGCUCACGCUCGGCUGCCCGCCCUUCGGGGACUGGACGCAGCUGGGCGCCACUGAGCCGGACCUGCUCGGGCAUCGGCUGCGGCUCAACCCUGCCGCGCGGCUGCCGGCCUCCGCCGGGCUGCAGGAGCUCCUGGACUACCUGGCCGGGUCCCUGGAGCUCCCGUCCCCCUUCGACCUGUUGGAGCCGCCGUCCUCCGGAGACUUUCUCAAGCUCGACCCGCCGUGCUGCUACAUCUUCCCCGGGGGCCUUGGGGACGCCGCCUUCUUCGCGGUCAGCGACUUCACUGUGCUGGUGAACGGAGGCUCCAACCCCAAGGCCACCUUCUGGAAACUGGUGCGCCACGUGGACCGCGUGGACGCCGUGCUGGUGACGCACGCGGGGGCCGACAGCCUCCCCGGCGUCAACAGCCUGCUGCGGCGCAAGGUGGCUGAGCGCGAGGAGGCGGCGGCCGGG